ACAGACGUUAACUUAUUCUAAUUCUUAUUAUUGGCCAAAUGUAACAUGCCAAAAACUAUUUUAUAACGAACAUACUGUAGUAAGUUCUGUACCAGAAGCAACAACCAACAUAGAUCUGGAUGAUAAAGAUUGUCCGAUAGGAAAAAUAGGGCCGAAAUGUUUAUUUUCUUGCGCACACGAUUUGAAAAGUUACGAUAACUGUAAAGAAACUGCGAUCUGUUAUACAAAUGGUUGCACAUGUUCUCCAGGUUUUCAGGAUACGGAAUGUUCUUCACUGUGUAAGAACUACUUGUACGGUCAUAAUUGCAAGAAUAAGUGUGGCUCCUGCAAAAAUUUUAAUUGCGAUAAAAUUACUGGCGAAUGUAUCAACGGAUGCGUCAAAACCUCAAACAAGAUUUACAUACCACCUCUAUGUCAGAUAGGCAUAGACAAGCUUGAAGCACCUUCAAUUGUCUCUACCGCUACAAGUAUCCAAGCCAAAGUUCGUACGAUUUGGACACAGGAAUAUAAAAAUUUGUCACUACUGUAUUUGUUUACACUUGGAGGAUUAGACCCAAUUACUCAAAUAUUCAAUUACUCCAUUACGCUGCCAUGGAAUAAACUGUUUCCGAACAUGACGCACAUGACAGGGUAUUUCAAAGAUUUAAAACCUGCUUCUGUUUACUGGGUGAAAUGCAUCUUAAGUGUUGAAGGAAGUCUGAUUGAGAGUGAGUGGCAAAAUGUGGAAACUGCUUGCGACUUAGCGACAAAGUUUGUCGUAACACCUGCAGAAAACAGCAUAACGAUUAAUGUGCAAAACAACUCAGAUCCAUUCUAUCCGUGUCCACCAAAUUGGUACUCACUACAACUUCAAUAUACAAAUAGUCGUUUGAUUUUCACUGAACAAAUGACAAAAUUUUCUCGUGAAUUGUCAGGAUUAAACCCAUAUACUUGGUAUGACGUGAUAAUACAUCAUGCAAAAUAUAACAAUAACAGCUUGCUGUAUUUCGAGACAGUAUGUACAUUAGAAGGCGUUCCAACUGAAGUAUUAGAUUUUUUUUACUUGAAAAAGUCAAAUACAUCUGUCAAUCUGACGUGGAGAUCUCCAGAUCAACCAAAUGGAAAAAUUUUGCAGUAUGAAGUAACGUUGAAGAUUAAUGAGUACUGCGGUUGUACAAACGAAAACUUAACUAUGCCAGAUAAUCCAAUCUCCAUUAAAAAAUUUACUAACGAAACAAGCAUCACAAUCUUAGAUUUACAUCCAUAUACGUCUUAUAAAGCGCAAGUAAGAGCUCGCAAUUCACGACACAGCAGCAAUGACACAGAAAUAAUGUUUUCUACAGACAAAAAUGCUCCACCUGUAGUAACCAAUCUAGAAGUCGUCGAGAUUGAUAAUCGUGUAUCGUCAAACAUGACGUUAUACUUGAAAUGGCACAGUCCACUUCCACCCUUAAACGGACAAUUGCAGUAUUAUAAUGUUAUCUUAUGUUACACUACCAAAAAUUGCAGUUUUAAAAUUGUUGAAUUAACAAACUUUUGUGAUUUGUGGAAUGAUUAUAUCUGUGAAGAGUUUCCAAUUUCCACAAUUAAUAUCGCCAUACAAGUGAUUGCGUACAAUACAAAUGUUACUACUGCAAGUCCUCCAGCUCAUGUAUCCAGAAAAAUGCUUGAAAAUACACAACCUAGCGUACCUGAAGAAUUUACUUACAAAAUAAACGACAACAGCGUGGUGGAUUUAAACUGGCGUCAUCCAUGGAAGACAGGUCGACAUUUGCGAUGUUUUUGUAUCACGAUAGAAGAAAAGACUACAAAUCUGAAGAAAAAACGCAAUUUGCGUUCUAUUGACACAAUAAAAUCGCAGGAAAAGCCAGUGGAACAAUAUACACGUUAUUACAACGAGCGCUUACGUUUAUUCCCAUCGACAAAGUACCGCAUCUCAAUUCAGGCUGAGACAAUAACGUACGAAACCAGUAGUUCAAACGUUAUAGACCUACAAACGCCAUCAGACGCAAGUUUUGAUGGAGACCUACAAAUUUUGAAGGAAAAUUCGAAUUCAUCGAUUAUGUUACACAUACCGCCUGUUCUGAAUGACACAUGUAACAGUGUUAUGCACAUAAUUGUAAAAGGUCCCAAACGAUGCAAAGAAUAUGCGGAAGUACCUAAAAAUCUGCAAGAGCAAGCAAACGUGAAGAUGUAUGAAAUUGCUUGGCAUGCUGCUAUAAUCUCGACAGAUGAGAUUGCUCGCAAAAAUUAUACAUUUUUACUUGGCGACGACCUAUCGUAUGGAGGUGCGAAGAACUGUCCGUUACAUCCUAAUCAAUUUUACAAUGUAGUAGUUAUUGUAAAAGAACAGAAUUCAAAUCUUGAGGACUCUUUUAAAUCACUCAUGCUUACAAAAUCUAUUAAUAUCGGUGAAGUUCCAUCAGUCCAUUAUAAGAUGUGGUUGAUUCUCAUAAUAUUACUUCUUUUUAUAAUAGCUGCAGGUUAUUAUAUUUAUCAAAGAAAAAACAAGAAAUUGAAGAAACAAGUAUUUCUGAAUGACGAGAUAGUUUUGUCGGAAAACAUCGAAAACCACGAAUAUGAAUCAAAAUCUGUCAUAUCAAGUUCAAAGCAGGAUAUCACUUCUACUUUUGACAAACUUUCGAUUCCAUUUGAUAAACUUUCGACCAAAUCUUUAUCUCGGGCAACUACUCCGGAAGAAGUAUUCAUUGACGUCGAGACUAUCGAUCGAGAGAAAACAUUGUUGGUAAAGGUUAAAGAGUUUGAGGAUUAUGUCAGAGAAGCAAUACAGUCAGGAUUGUUGGAAAAACAAUACGAGACAUUUCCGCGAGGACAAACUCGGCCGUGGACUUAUGGAAAAUUGCCACAGAACAAAUCCAAAAAUCGAUACGGCAAUCUCAUAGCCUAUGACGAAACACGAGUGAUACUAAAUAAACUUCCGGAUGACGAAUAUUCUGAUUACAUCAAUGCCAAUUACAUCACCGGAUACAAGAAGCCAAAACAUUAUAUAGCAACGCAAGGACCCAGACCUAACACAGUUAUUGAUUUCUGGCGUAUGAUUUGGCAAGAAAAUGUCCUUAUUAUUUGUAUGGUGGCAAAUGUGAUUGAAAAUGGAAAGACAAAAUGUGAGCAAUAUUGGCCGGACAUCGGCAAGAAGAAAAAGUACGGGGACGUUAUCGUGCUGAACUCAAAGCACAGUGUCUUUGCUGACUAUUGUUUCAGAACUUUUCAAGUUACUUGUGGAGAAGAAACUCGAAAGAUAGAACAUCUGCAUUACACGGCCUGGCCAGAUCACGGUGUGCCACUUUAUACACACUCCGUAGUUACGUAUUUGAAGAAACUCUUAGCGACACCACCUGGAAAUGGGCCUGUAGUCGUNCAUUGCAGCGCUGGUGUUGGAAGAACCGGAACCAUCAUUCUGUGCGACAUUUGUCUUCAUCGAGCGGCUGCCGAAGGGGUGGUCGAUGUGUUCGCUGACGUAGCAUCUAUCAGAAACGAAAGAGCCAACAUGGUAGAUAACAAGCAGCAAUACUUGUUAGCGCAUUUGGCAUUAGUGGAAUGUUUGCUUUCUAUACCGACCACGUUACCGUGUAACGAGACAUUACCUGCGCGAAUCAAAGAGUUGAAGGCCCAAUUACCAGCUCAACAGCAAAGAUUGCAAGACAUCGCAUGGCAGGACGAGGCUUUGCGACCAGUCACAUCUCCGCCAUUCUUGUCGGAAUGUAAUCGUGCUAAAAACCGAUUUCCGGAACUCCUUUCAGAUAAGGUUAGCAGAAUAUACUUGAAGAGAUAUCCGGCAUCAGACGACGACAGCGAUUAUCUGUCUGCCGUUUAUGUGGACGGAGUAAAACUUCAGAAUCAAUAUCUAGCCACACAGCUUCCCAUGCCGUCGACGAUUAUUGACUUUUGGCGAAUGGUCGCUGAGUUCAAAGUGGAACUUAUUCUUAUGCUACAGCCGCCUGAUCCCCAGGAUCCGACAUGCUGCGCGAUUGUUCCUCGCGACGAGUUUAAGCCGACACCGUACUUGAACAUCACAACAAAACGCACUGUAGAACUAGAAUAUUACACGUCACAACAAUUACUUCUCAUUGACAAUUCCGAGAAACUCUCGAGAGAACAAUCAGUGACUAUCUUAUGUUUAACGGAAUGGAAACCUGGGAGAAAUCAACCACCGCCACCAGUCAUGACGAUGGUGUCAUUUUGGCAAACUGCGGAGAGAAUUGCAAGAAGCGAUGAACCAACAGUCAUACUUUGCCACGAUGGAGUAACUGGAUGUGGUUUGUAUCUGGCUCUAAGUUUUCUGNUGGAACGAAUGGCUGUGGAGAGAGAAUGCGAUGUUUGUCUGGCAGUGCGAGCAGUUAGACGAUCGAGACCAGAUUUUGUUCGGUCGUUGGAGCAUUUGGAGUAUCUUUGCGACGCCGUAAUAACGUAUCUGGAAUAUUUUGAAACCUAUGCGAAUUUUUCAUAAAAUAUUAUAGAUAUAUACAUUUAGACACACGCAUAACCAGAGAACACAAUUAAUCAUACGUGUUNACAUGUACUUAUGCUUGAGACACACCGUCAUAAAAUUACAUUGAUACCUCACUCAGAAGAGAACGAAAGUAGUUUACCUUGAUAAGGUAAUACCUGAUAAUAUAUGAUAGUAUACACAGUGGUAAUAUAUGAUAGUAUAUAUAAUGAAAAAAAUCUUAAAUCUGUUAUCCUUCUAAACAGNAUUUUAUUUUAU